AUGGCUGAGAUUUCCGAAUCAAGCUUGAAAAAGCGUAAGCUUCAGGACGGCCCUGAAUUGGAGAUCGACCUUGGCGCGCCUGAGCCACCAUCGAAGAAGGCACUGCGAAAGGCCAAGAAGGGAAAGAGCGUGGAUUCAAAGACUCAAGAAAUCGAAACAUCCUCUGCCAAUGUUACUGCCCCCGCUACUGCCGAGUCCUCUGAGCCGAAGGACACCGACGAUUCGCAGGGAAAGCGCUCUCAGUACGGAAUCUGGAUCGGAAAUCUGUCAUUCAACACUACCAAGGACGACCUCCGGCAAUUCAUUAUUGACAACUGCUCUGUCACCAACGAAAUGAUUACGAGAAUCCAUCUCCCCAAAGGACCCGAAAAGUUCGGCCGUCCGCAGAACAGAGGUUUCGCCUACAUCGAUUUUUCCAAGAAGAAGGCAUUAGAGGAAGCCAUUGGCCUGAGCGAGCAAUUACUCGCUGGCCGCCGUGUGCUGAUCAAGAACGCGAACAGUUUCGAAGGUCGACCCGAGAAAUCAGCUGAACAAACCAGCGCUGCCGCUACUGCCAAGCCUGGCCAUCCUCCCUCCCGACGUAUCUUUGUGGGAAACCUGAGCUUCGAUGUCACAAAAGAGUCGCUGGAGGCACAUUUCGCAAGGUGCGGAACAGUCACAAAUGUGCACAUGGCCACUUUCCAGGACACAGGAAAAUGCAAAGGAUAUGCCUGGGUGGAAUUCGAAGACAUUGCCGCCGCAGAAUCCGCAGUGAAGGGAUUCGUGAUGGAGAAGGAGGAUGAUGAAGAGCAAGAAGCUGAGGAGGAGCAGCAGCAAUCCGACGGAAACUCAGAUUCAGAGGGAGAGACCAAGAAAGCGAAGUCAAAACCUAAGAAGAAGACCAAAAAGCCUUUCCAACGCCGGAUCUGGGUGAACCAACUUCUGGGCCGUCGCUUGAAGCUUGAAUUUGCCGAGGAUGCAACAACCCGAUACAAGAAGCGUUUUGGCAAGGACGGUGAAGGAAGAAAGAACGACCAACCCGCCAUCACCGAAGCAGGUACUGAGCCGUCAGCGGAACAGGCCCGUCCCCGCAAACAGAGACGUCCCUCAGUUGACGAAUCGCGGUACUCCAAGGAGACUGUUCAGCGACUGAGCGGUGCUAUCGUUGAAGCUCAGGGCAAGAAGGUUACGUUUGACUGA